CUGGUUCAUUAAAUGUGUUCGGUCUUAAAGCUCUGAUUAACACUUUUAAAAGUUGUGUUAAAAUAAGUCAAUUCUCUAUAACGACCGCCCAGGCCAAAAAUUGUGAACACCGAAUGCUGCGAGUGGGCCCUCUGGAACUGUCCAACCGACUCUCUAAAGAUUUUGGGAUUUGAUACCAGCAUGAUUUCAUCUGAUCAAACCUCGCCAACUAAAUCUCGUCCAUUGGUGGCACCACCCACCCUUGUGCUCGGCGGAACUGGCGGCGCCCAAGACUCACCUCGCGCGUCGGGAUUCGUGCUGAAACCGUCAGCCCUAGCAGCUCAGACUUCAAAUCUCAAAAUUUAUAACACACCUACCCGUAUUAAUAACAAUAAUGGAAAACCAACUGAUAGGUUGCUUGCGGGUGAGGAUGACACCACCUUGGCGAAAUCCAUGGAACAGAAAGACACCAACGCGGAAAUACCUUGUUCCGAAAAAUCCGUCCCCUCAAAAUGUGCCAUGGCGGUGGAAAAAAGGGACUCUCCAGUAGCAGCUAAAAAAGAAUCAUCGACGGACAAUAAAUCUGAGUCUGGCGUAUUCAAGUCGGAUACAGAUAUAGGCGAAGUGGUUUUUGGCCAAAAUCUUGAUAACCGUGUCACGAAUGUGAUUCUUCCAAAGCCUGCAGAAACUAGCAAUGAGAAAGAGGGGUUUGUGUUUGGUCAAAACCUGCAUGAACGGGUUGCGAACGCUGACGUAUCAGAAGUAAAAACAGAAUCGGUAAACUCCAGUGAACUGAGCUUCGCCGCCGCGGCGUGUGAAAAGGAGGGUUCAGGUGCUGGAAUAGGAGAUUUAGAUGGAGGUUCUGACGGCGCUGCAAAGGGAAAAACUGGAGAGAAACGUACUCUCACGGAGACUGCCGAGGAACAUCAGCUAAGGCUUGAAAAUGAGGCAAAAAAGGGUCGGCUUGACGAAGUUGAAGUUUUAACAGGAGAGGAAGACGAAAGCAAUGUUCUACAAAUUAAUUGCAAACUGUACAUCUACGAGGAAGCUCAAUAUCAAGAGCGUGGCAGAGGCGUAUUGCGAGUUAACGAUAAGCAGAACCCAGAUGAUGGCUCCAUUCAGAGCAGAGUUGUAAUGCGCACCCAGGGCAGUCUACGAGUGGUGCUGAACACUAGCGUAUGGUCUGGAAUGAAGGUGGAGCAUCCAUCGGCGAAGAGUAUCCGCCUAACCGGUCAGUCACCAGAGGGUGUGAUUGGCGUAUUCCUCGUUCAGUGUAUAUCACCGAAGGAUGCGGAUCAGCUAUUCCAUGCACUUGAAUGGCGCGUUCAGGCGCUCAAAAAAGCACAACAACAAGGCCAACAGCAAGAACCGAGUCAAAAAAAUAAAAAAGAUCCGGUAGAUGACGACGAUGAUGAUGAUGAUGACGGAGAUCGGGAAGAUGCUGAAGAGGAGGAGGGUGAAGACGACGAUGAAAAAGUUGAAGUUGAAUUGGAACGUAAACUCGAUAGUGGAUCGUCUGUUGUUGAUCUAAAAGACGAGAGCGAAACGGCUAGCGGUAAACAUGACGACAGGAGUUCAGGAGAGGAGGCUGGCAACAGCAAUAGCAACAACAUGCUUCACUACGAAUAGGCAAUGGUAGUAUGUUUAUAGAUCACUAUGUGCUGUAUUGCAAGUACAUAAGAAACAUGAAAUGGCAAAAACCGGGAAUUAUAUACACAUUAACAACAAUACUGACAAUACAAAAUAAUAAUAACGAUAAUAACUCCAAAUAGUAACAAUGAUAACUAGUAAAUCGCGCGCCAAUCUGAGCGUGGUGGAAGUGUGUAGAUUAAUUACGUAUCAAUAGUGACAAUACAAAUGCCGACAUACAGUGUAAUUAUAUCAGUAAAAUGAAAUUGGGAAAAGGAGAAUUAAUAGCGAAGCCGUGAGAAAGAAGGGAUAUGAAUAUAUAAGACUAAUGGAACAAUGACGAUAAUAAGAUGUCAUAAAUAUCGCUAAAACGGGUAAACUGCUUUACAGGCGCAUGAGAAAGCGUUUCGUAUCAGUAACUAUAUUAUGACUGCCAACAUAUUUAGAACAUGGGAAGUAGGACGAAGUUUACAUUAUAACUUGAAGCUAGAGUCUAGGCUUGCUAUUUUAAAGUCUGCUGUUCUAGCUUUUACAUAUGGCUAUCGUUACGUCGUCAUUGGCAAAAUGACAGGAAGAGAAGAAGCAACAAUUAUUUAGAGGAAGCGUCACUCAUAAACCCCGUCUUACACGGAAAAUAUUGAAUAAAGAUGAAAAUAUACACGUAUGUUAAAAGUUAUGAACGAACACAUGAAUUGACAGCAAACGGGCUGACACGGACGUGUGAUGCCCCGACGCCAAGUAAUGGGCAUUGAGGAACGAGAUCAGAUUACUAAAAGAAAAUACGGAAAUGGCAAAAUAUAUCGAGAGAUGGACUGCUUAGCAAAAGCGAUACCGAUAAACACGGAUUUGAGUUACAAAAAAUUAUAUUGCUAGUAUUUGCUAGGUUGAUUUAGAAUAUGAACAUUAGGGAUGAAACGGUGAAUUACAAUAGUUGGAACACAAGUUUGAUGCGACAUUGACGUAAGCACCUGUUGCGUUCACUUUAGAUACCAGCUGACCCCGUUCCACACUUUUCCCUCUGUGACUGUUCUUAAAAACAGCGACGCACUAGGCAUAGCCUCUAAUAACACAUAAAAAAAGCAAGGCAUUAUCUUUGAUCGUUGUAACAUGAUGAUAUGCAUAUAUAAGAGAGUUAGGAUCAAAAAGACGAUGGAUAAUUGUGCUUUAAUCUGCGAUUACGAAAAUAUGUGGAAUUCUAGAUAAUGAUACGAACAUGUUUUCUGGUGGCCAAGAGCAAACUCCAAAUAGAACGAAAACAUAUAAGUAGUUACAUGUUAAAACUCCCAUGGAAGCCAGAAAUAUAACAAUGGCACGUACUAGUAAAAUGAUCUAAGGGCAAAAACCGAUCGCAGAUUGAUGUCCAGGCAUGAUGAGAAAGAUAACAAAAAGUCUAUAUUUAAAGGACUCUUUGCCAGCAUGCGCACACAUUCUUAGAUCUAUUGUUGUUGCCGCUUGAUGCUGCAUCCGCUGAUCGCCUUAGAAAAGAUAAAACUAAUUAUGCUAGGAACGAAUAAAACAAAAAUACAGAAGUAUAUAAGUCAUAGCUAUCGCGAGCUUAAUACACUCAGAAUUAUGAUGAUACGCAUUUGUGCGGGCUAAAUAAUGAUUUUGUUUAUUAAUUAUGGUUAUGAUAAUGAUGGUGAUAAUGGCAGUGGCUAUACUUAUGUGAUUAAACAAAGAAAGGUAAAACUGGUCGGUCACUUCAGGAAGCCGCUGUAAAGUAGUAUAUAUUGGCAAGAUGCAUUGUACAAUUUUAAUAUUGCGCCAAUAUUGACUAAUAAUACAUUGGCCAGAAACCAUUGAAUCCAGAACAGCAUAUGCGAAAAUGUACGUUAUGGACGAUGACCAACGGCUACCUGUGUACAUUUAAUGCUGUAGUUUUUACUCUAUGUUAUAAGGGUCUCCUCCAGGGUGUAGGCAUAUGUAUAAAUAAGUUUUAGAAAAGUUGCAUAACAAAUAACACUUCAGGAGAAUAAGCAAGGCUUACGAUAUUUAGUUUUCUUAAAUUCUCAUAAAUUUUAUAAGCUGUAAGCCUAUUUUGCUUUUUGAAUUAUUAAAUAGAUGAAGUAGGCAUGCAUUUCUAUAUUCUGGCGGGAGGGCUAGGUAGAGAGGGCUAUGCUAUGAACUUAGGUUAAGCUUUUCUUAUACUACGACAACUAGAGUCUAAAAAAGUUAAAGACCAUUAUUUCACUGUUUUUUUGUGAAUAGCUAACGUUUCUUUCUAACGUUUCAGCAACAAGAUCGCGGGAUUAUUUUUCAAAAGAUUUUGUGUAAUCGACAUAAUAGUGUCUGGAGUUAAACUAAAAUUGGUUUACAAUAUAUUUUCCUGACUUUUUUGAAAAUAGUGCUUUACUGGUAAUUUGCUUUGCGAGAGCUAUUCAUUAAGAUUAAGAUCGUGUACGUUUUGAAGUUCUCACCUAGAUCUUUAUUGGUGAGUCAGCUCGUAUUAAUUACACAUUGAAGAUCAAAAAGCACUAUUUAAUUGCUUCUAAAUCCGGAAUUCUAUUGAGACUUUUAUAAAAUAUCAUCACAAAGCGAGAGGAUAUUUAUAAUCCCAAUUGUUUAGCUAAAAAUUAUAAACACUCUAACCAACCAAAGUUAUGACGCCAAAGGAUAACUCUCAUACGCAACUCUCGCAUAAACUUUCGACCAGGUUUUUGAAAUCUAAAUAAUUGGCAAUGCUAAUACUAUACAGAUACUAUUCGAGAUGUUAUUCGGAGCGAAAAUUGAACCUACAGCCAACUGUCGGAUAUCAAUUACUCAAACAAAAUAGCCCCUAUCCGAUUUAAAUGUUUGAGUUGCCGGGCUCCCUAAUUUAUCCACUAAAGGAGAAAACAAAGAAAAUACAUUGAAAGUUAGUUUAGGCUACGUCGGACAAAUGCUCAACAAGUAUUCCUUGUGAGCCCUGUGAGAACCAUCGAAUCCCAGAUAUACUGUGUACAACAACAAAUAGAUGAAAAUAACACAACAUAUUAAACAAAAUUGCGCCAUUUUAUUGUGUCAUUCGUUAUUUAGUAAUUAUUCUUCCCUUAGGUAUGUCAGAUAAUUUUCGGCAAUAAUUAUAUUCUAUCUAAUCCUAAAUCGUGCGCUCGAUAUAACUGAGGUAUUGCUACCACCGUUAUUAUAUUUAAUAAGCUAGACAAUUAUCAUGAAUAUUUAAACUUUUCGCUAUUGUCGAGAUUUACAUUCUUGCUUCCGAUUUUGACUCCUGAUCAACUCAGAACGCUUACGGCGUUAGUAAACU